AUAUGGCCGCCUGUGAGUAACAAAACACGGACAAGUCUAUAGCGGAAAAACAAUGAACGCUGACAAGAGAAGGAGGGCUCGUGUACAGGGUGGCUGGGCCCCGCCAUCAGUAUCCAAUGUAAGAUCUGACAGAGAUAAACCUAAAAUGCCAUCAGGACCAGCAUGGAUGGGUAAAAAUAUCGACCAAGGUUCUCAAAGCCCAGAAAAGAAGUUUGUUUUCGAGGAGACUGACGAGAUUAGGCAGAAACCGCCAGAUCAAGUUAUUACGAAAGCUGGAGUUUAUGACAUUAGCAGUGGGCCAUCUGGAGUUUCUAGACUGAGGUAUUUCCCAUGUUUUAUUGAUCCGACGGAGGCCAAAGGAAUGUUUGAUCAGCUGUUUGAGGAGUGUCCCUGGCGGCAACGAUCUGAUUCCUACAACGGGGAACAGUACCUGCAGCCUCGGCUCACUGCAUGGUUUGGGGACCUGUCCUACUCCUACUCAGGCGUUAAACUGGAUGUUAACAAAGAUUGGCCUGCCGUGAUGAGGCUGUUGAAGCAGCACCUGGAGGAAGCGACCGGUCUGACUUUCAACUCUGUCCUAGCCAACCUGUACCGAGACGGACAUGACAGCGUUGCCUGGCAUGCUGAUGAUGAAAAGUCACUUGGGGAAAAUCCUACCAUAGCUUCAUUGUCUUUCGGAGAUGUCAGGAACUUUGAGUUGAGAAAGAAACCUGCACAAGGUGAGGAUCCUGCCUUGUCUCAGCUGAUCCGUGUGCCCCUCUCCCCAGGAUCUCUGCUCAUCAUGGAGGGAGCCACACAGGACGACUGGCAUCAUCGGGUUCCUAGGGAGUAUCACGACAGGGGUCCAAGGAUCAACUUGACGUACAGAGUUAUUUAUCCAGAAUAAUCAUGAUACAGAUCUCUGUUUUAACCAUUUAUUGUAAAUAUUGUAUCAUUUGAUCUAUAUAAACAUUGACAGUUUUUCUGAUUUUGAAGCCACGCUUGUUAUUUUGAUGUGAUUUGUUUUGAAGAAAGUGGGAAAUGACGAGAAAGAUGUUUGUGUCUUAGUAUCUUAAAAGAUAUGAUUAUUUUUCCAUAUUGCAGGGCAUGCUUAUCUUCACUUUAGAUGAUGCUUGUUAUAAUAGUUGACUGACAAAGGGAUUGUGAUUGUGAUGCUUAUACUGUCAACCUUUGGUUUCCUUGGCUGUGAUUAGAUUAUUUACCGGCUUGUGUGAAAUAACUUGAAUAUUGCUUACUCAGGCAUAAAACAACAUUUACUCUAUUUUA